GCAGGUGGGGCACGGCACAACUCCUGGGGCCUCGAGACCCUCUCUCCGGUUUCAGCCACCAAAAAUCAACCUUAAUAUGGAAGAUGAGGUACAGUUUGUGACAAUGAGAAGUGCUCUUGGGCUGUAAAACCUGGACUGGAGUACACCCUGUAGUGGUACAAUAUUUGAAACUUCUGAACUAUAGAGAGAACCAGUAAGAGAGCUUCUUAGGCCUGUGGAGCACCUUUAGUGUUUUACAGAUAGACUGAGGAAUUAAAGGCAGAGAAAUGGCCAAAGUAUAAGGGUACCGAGCAGUUUCUCUGUGUAAGUCUUCAGAACUUUUGAUAGCUGCAUGUGCAAUAUCCUCGAGCUCUGCACCUUUGAUGUCUAAACAAAACUUUAAGGAAACCCUGAAAGUCACAAAGCCUCGUUUUGAUGCAUCCCUGGUUUACCUGACCCGAAAAUUCAUGGAUCUUGUCAAAACUGCUCCAGAUGGUGUUCUUGAUUUGAAUGAAGUAGCAACAACUCUGGGGGUACGAAAACGAAGAGUAUAUGACAUCACCAAUGUGUUGGAUGGAAUCCACCUAAUUCAGAAAAGAUCUAAGAACCUUAUCCAGUGGGUAGGAUCUGAUCUCGAUCAGAUUGCUGGAAAGGCAUCAGAGCAACAAAAGCUUAGAGAUGAACUUUCUGAUUUAUCAGCAAUGGAAGAAGCUCUGGAUGAAUUAAUUAAAGACUGUGCUCACCAGUUGUUUGAAUUAACGGAUGACACAGAAAAUACAAAACUAGCUUAUGUGACGUAUCAAGAUAUUCAUAGCAUUAAGGCCUUUCAAGAACAGAUUGUUAUGGCAAUCAAAGCUCCAGAAGAAACAAAACUAGAAAUACCAGCUCCUAAAGAAGAUUGUAUAGAAGUACGUAUAAAGAGCACAAAGGGACCCAUUGAUGUAUAUUUAUGUGAAGUGGAGCAAGAUAACCCGGGUGCCAAAACUUUUGAAGAUAUGGAUACUCCGACAUCAGAAACUAAAUCAUCAGUACCUCUUGAUGAAGAGUGAGAUCUUCUAAGAAGAACCAUUAGAACGCCAAGUCCUGAGCAGAUUAUCGUGAAUAUCUGGGCUGCAGAAUUCCCUAAGAGAGCCACUUGGAACUAUGACUAUGCUAAACUUGUAAUACUCUCAAAUGUUUUUCAGACUUAAAAUGGGAAUAAUUCAGUUGUUGAGUGCUUUCACACAAUUAUCUUCAAUUGCUUCAGUCUAAAAGAAGGCAAAUCAAGGAGCCAUUUUUAGGAGCUUUGUUUCUACACUUGUGCAUAAUCUGCAGUGUUUGGGGAAAAUGGCCUUGUUUUUACUGUUUUUAUUAAAUAAUUUGAAUGAUAGUAAAUAUGGACAAGAAAUUACUUCAAAAAAUGAAGAUUCUUUAAAGCUGCAUCUGGAACAAAACACCAAAACAUGGUCCUGCAAGAAUAUAGAUAAUAAAGAAAUGCACUUUCAAUUCUGAAGCUGCACUGUCACUAAACAGAAUUGUUAAAUAUAAUAUUAGAAUCAAGAACUGGAGUAUUGGAAGGCUUUUCUUACCCAUAAGGAGUAUAAGACAAGUAAACAUGAAAAACUGAAGCUAUGCCUUGCACUGUGUGGAUGCUGUUUGCCUCCAACUCAGCAUGUAACUCUAGUGUGAACGAUGAAGUUAAAGGCAUGGCGUUUGUGUAUAUAUCUGUAUGCUGUUUAGAUAGUCACUGAUGGAGAUUGACAAAACGAAUUGCACUUCUGCCUUUGUACAGCAAAAACUGAAAUAAACUUGUAAAUAUAAAAAGUG